UCCAAUAAUGGCUCGUACCAAGCAGACCGCUCGCAAGUCCACCGGCGGCAAGGCCCCGCGCAAGCAGCUGGCCACCAAGGCCGCUCGCAAGAGCGCCCCGGCCACCGGCGGCGUGAAGAAGCCCCACCGCUACCGGCCCGGCACCGUGGCGCUGCGCGAGAUCCGGCGCUACCAGAAGUCCACCGAGCUGCUGAUCCGCAAGCUGCCGUUCCAGCGGCUGGUGCGCGAGAUCGCGCAGGACUUCAAGACCGACCUGCGCUUCCAGAGCUCGGCCGUCAUGGCGCUGCAGGAAGCCAGCGAGGCCUACUUGGUGGGUCUGUUUGAGGACACCAACCUGUGCGCCAUUCACGCCAAACGAGUCACCAUCAUGCCCAAGGACAUCCAACUUGCCCGCCGCAUUCGUGGAGAGAGGGCCUAAUUCAAUAUUGCCCAACACAAAAAACCCAAAGGCUCUUUUAAGAGCCACCUUCACCUGUCUAUGAUGAGACCUGUCACACUUUGUUUUAAGUUACAAACUUCCUAUCAUAGUGUUUUCAUUUUUUGGUUCCAUAAGGAAUAUAGCUAUAUCUUUCAUUCUUAUUUUCUACUAGAUUGUUUUAACCAAUUCGUUAUGCUAUUGGCAGUACUGUUUUGUGUGGGAGGUACUCCAAUGCAAGUCUUGUACUUAUGUUCCCCCCACACCCCCUUUUUAUGCUUCUUAGAAAGUACCCGAGGCCACUGUAAAUGGAAUAUUGCCGGUAGAGCACUUUGUAGGUGGAAGCAGAGCAGGCUUUCCGCAGGUUGUGCUCAAGUAUUUAAAUCCCUGUAGCAGGACGGUCAUCAAUUACCCCUUGUCCCUUGACGUUUUUGCAUCCAAUUGUCCCAUAUUCAUUUGUCCGUGCAAUGUAGAAUUUUGCAAGUAAUCUCUAGAGUACGUGCGCUGAAUAAUCCUUUACGCAGGUUUAUAACUAAGGAAUUUACUCUCACUUGAGCUGCGUGUAUGUGCCUAAACCUAGUUUCCGCCCUUCCUUACAGUUUUCCACUGAGGACUUAACCCUAUGUAUCAGCAUAGUGAAUUUUCCUCCUGUACUCUGUGUGCAUUCGGGGCUAGCACGGGAAGAGUCUGUGCAAGCACUGCGCCAAGCGCCACAGCAAAGCCCAUCCAAGAGUGAUACAUCCCUCUUGUAUCACUAAGAGGACCAUUCAUUCACCUCCUGGCCCGACCGGGGUUGUCAAGCGCGCAGAUCAACCUCAUCUAGGAGGAGGAGGGGUGCUGAAGGUGUUCGCGGAGAGUGUGCACCUACGCAGACGAUGCCAACCAAGCACAAGACUCACAGACAUAUACGUGGUCCAUGCCCUGAGGAUAUGCGCUACAGCUGGUACUUGGGCCCAGUUUCUUUCACAGGCUCUUUUCAGGGAUAAGCUCUUUUAAGAACUCACACCUCACUCCGCUGGUAACUCGCUAAUGGAAUGAAGACUUUGUUCCCCCGUCUGCUUGUUACAAACUUGCAUCUCCUUUAUAAACAACACAGUCAAAAACGGUUAAUCUUUUAAGGUUUUUCUA